AUGCCAGGCAUAUUUCGAUCGUCUGAAUUUAUAACCCUGCUGCUUAUACUGUUCUCGUACUUCAAAGGGCCGGUCCAAGGGCUAAUCAACCGAAAGACAUAUGGCUAUGAUGGCUCCAUGAUGAAUGGACUCAAUAUAUUACCCUCCUACACAGAAUAUUUUAGCCUGAACUCGGUGACCACAGCAUUGAAUACGUCAGCUGUUGGUAUUGGCGGGGCUGUGGCCGGUUUCUUCAAUGGCCUUAUGUGUGAUUGUUUUGGUCGACGUUUGACCCUAUUCUACGCGUCUUGCAUCACUCUGGUAGGCAUUGCCAUCCAGUCUGCUGCACAGAAUAUUGGAAUGUUUCUCGCUGGACGUUUUAUCAUUGGGUUUGGCGUUGGAAUUUCCUCCACGGCCUCUCCAACCUAUCUAUCUGAGACAGUGCCUGCUAAGUGGCGCGCAUUUACCCUUGGGCUUUUCUAUGAUAUCUGGUAUGUUGGGGCCCUGAUUGCUGCUGGGGUAACCUACGGGACUGCUACGAUAGAUUCAACCUGGGCUUGGAGGAUACCAUCCAUUCUGCAAGGCCUAUUCACUAUCAUUUGUAUCGUCAUUUUACCAUUUGUCCCAGAGUCCCCACGAUGGCUUGUUUUCAAAGGUCGCAACGAGGAAAGUAUCAAGGCAUUGGCGGCGACACAUUCCAAUGGAGAUAUCAACGAUCCCAUGGUUUUAGAGCAGUUUGAUGAAAUUAAAGCGACGAUACAAUUCGAGCAGAACCAAGGUGAAAAGUUGACUUUGUUGGAUACCAUGAGAACACCUUCGAAUCGAAAGCGAAUGAUGCUUGCUAUGUCGGUUGCUGUCUUUUCAAUGAUAUCCGGGAACAACAUUAUUUCAUACUAUCUCGGUGACAUGCUAGACAACGCUGGAGUAACCGACACUACGACUCAAUUGGAGAUCAACAUCAUCCUGAAUUGCUUUUGUCUAGUUGUCAGCCUCGUUGGAUCAACCUUCGCUGACCGUCUGGGUCGACGAUUCCUGGCAAUAAGCAGCACUGCGCUUCUUACCAUUUUCAUUUUUAUCCUUGGUGCAUUGACGAAGCUAUAUGGCACUUCUACUAAUAUGCCCGGUAUUUACGCAACCGUAGCAUCUAUCUUCCUUUUCCAGGGAAGUUACAGUUUUGGUUGGACUCCAUUGUCAGUCAUGUACCCUCCUGAGGUGCUGCAUUUUUCAAUCCGGGCUAAUGGCAUGGGUUUGUAUACAACUUUGUCUUCUGCAUUUGGGCUGUUAGCCACAUUUGCUUUUCCCAUCGGGCUCGAAAGGAUCGGAUGGAAGAUUUAUAUGAUUAAUGGUGUUUGGGAUGUAUUGGAGCUACUCUUUGUAAUUUUCUUCUGGGUAGAAACUAAGGGCAAAACGCUUGAAGAGAUUGAUAGUCUGUUUGAUCCUACCAAGCAUAAUGACUUGGCCACUCUUGAGAAAAACGCCGGUGAAGUCAUUAUCGGGCAAGAGGUAGUUGAGGCCCAGACUGAGUUGCCGAAAAAGGAAAGAUAUUAG